ACUUCCUCCUCCAGCAGUGUCUAGUAACUGCUUCACAAACGGCAGCAGUAAACUGGAAUCUCUCCCACCGACCAGCCUGAAAUAUACACAUCAAGUAAACUGAGAAGAAUACACACGGUAAGGCACUGUUUCCAGCCUUUAUUGUUGAUAAUGUCAAACAAAGGUACUAGAAUGGAGGAACUAAGUUCUGCUUGCACCCACUUUUCACUUGACUUGUUUAAGACAUUAAGUCAAAAUAACCCUAAAGGAAAUAUAUUCUACUCUCCUAUAAGCAUCUCUGCUGCGAUGGCCAUGGUCUACAUGGGGACUAAGGGAAAAACAGCUGAGCAAAUAUCAAAGGCUAUGCAUUUUGAUGGAAUUAAAGAUCUUCAUACAAACUUCCAAACUCUGAAUGCUGAGAUUAAUAAGAAAUCCAGUUCCUCAUAUGCCCUUCAUCUGGCUAACCAGCUGUUUGGAGAAAAGACAUUCAAUUUCCAAACUGAAUUUCUAUCUUCUCUACAAAGUUUAUACCAUGCUAAGCUGGGCACUGUUGACUUCAUAACUGCAUGGGAAGCUGCUAGAAAGGAAAUCAAUACAUGGGUUUCAGAACAGACAAAAGGGAAAAUUCCAGAAGUGCUGCCUGCAGGAUCAGUGGAUGCAUCUACCAAAUUAGUGCUAGUGAAUGCUAUAUAUUUUAAAGGGGACUGGGCUAAGAAAUUCGAUACCACAAAUACAAAAGAAGUGCCAUUCAGAUUAAGCAAGAAUGAUCAGAAGCCAGUUAAAAUGAUGUAUCAGUUGAAGAAGUUUCCCUUCGGCUACGUCUCUGAAGUCAAUUGCCGUAUCCUAGAGCUGCCUUAUGUUGGAGGUGAGCUCAGUAUGAUUAUCCUCCUGCCAGACAACAUUGAUGAUGAUACUACUGGACUACAGAAGCUUGAAAAGGAGCUGACCUUAGAAAAAUUCCAAGAAUGGACAGGACCCGGAAAUAUGUAUCCAGUUGAUGUCCAUGUGCAUCUGCCCAAAUUCAAGCUAGAAGACACUUAUAAGCUUAAAUCACCAUUGUCUACUCUGGGAAUUGUGGAUGUCUUUGACAAGGGUCAUGCAGACCUGUCAGGGAUGUCAGGAUCCUGCAAUCUUUUCUUGUCUGAGGUCAUCCACAAGUCUUUUGUGGAGGUGAAUGAAGAAGGCACAGAAGCAGCGGCUGCCACUGCUGGCAUUGCGAUGGUAAUGAGCCUGCCACGGGAGGAGGAAUUCAAUGCUGAUCAUCCCUUUCUUUUCAUCAUUCGAGACAAUAAAAACGGCACCAUACUUUUCUUAGGCAGAUAUUGCUCUCCAUAGUAGGAUCAAUUGUGAUAAAACAAACUAAGUCUGCUAAUGUUUGUCUCAUAAAGCAAAGCAAAUAUGAAAAUAAAGUGCUGUGUUCUAGA